GAAAGCGGAAAGUCACUGAGUACGCAGUCCGAUUUCUUCUUCGUCUGCCGCUUUGCAUGUCUCCAUCCUUUUUCGACUUGAUCAUUCUAGCAACGGAGAGGGAAAGACUGGAAUUCCCCCAUAUUUUAUUUUCUUCAAUCAAUGGCUCAGAUUCCCAAUUUGGAGAAUGCCCCUCUGAAUUUCACAUCCUUCAGAGAACAAUCUCAGAGAGAUCUUCUCAAUAUUCUCAAGAACAUUCGCGGAAAGAAGUGUCUGGCCCUUGAUCCGAAACUCAGCGGGUCACUUGCAUUGAUCGUCCAGACAUCGAUCCUAAAGGAACAUGGGGUGGAACUGCGGCAUCUUUCUGCAGAACCUAUUCAAACUGAAUGCACAAAAGUUGUUUUCCUAGUCCGUUCUCAACUUAAUUUGAUAAAGCUCAUUUCUUCACAUAUUCAACAUGAUAUUUCCAAAGGACUUCAGAGGGAGUACUUUGUUUAUUUUGUCCCCCGCCGCACAGUUGUUUGUGAGAAGAUCUUUGAGGAGGAAAAGGUUCAUCAUUUGCUCACUAUUGGGGAGUACCCUUUAUACAUGAUUCCAUUGGACGAGGAUGUUCUUUCAUUUGAACUUGAUCUGGCAUACAGAGAAUUUCAAGUUGAUGGUGAUACGAGUUCUCUUUGGCAUGUUGCAAAAGCUAUCCAUAAGCUUGAGUUUUCCUUUGGAAUGAUACCAAAUGUGAGGGCGAAAGGCAAAGGAUCAGUAAGGGUGGCCGAGAUUCUAGGACGUAUGCAAUUGGAGGAGCCAGUCAACCCAUCAGAUAUGGGGGUCCCAGAGAUCAAUACUCUUAUUUUGCUAGACCGAGAGGUGGACAUGAUUACACCUAUGUGUUCUCAACUAACAUAUGAAGGACUACUAGAUGAGUUUUUGCGUGUUAACAAUGGCUCUGUGGAGCUCGAUGCAUCUAUCAUGGGUGGUCAGCAAGAUGGAAAGAAGAUCAAAGUUCCACUUAAUUCAAGUGAUAAGCUAUACAAGGAGAUACGGGAUCUCAACUUCGAAGUUGUUGUUCAGGUUCUGCGUCAAAAGGCAACGUCAAUGAAGCAGGAUUAUACGGAAAUGACAACUACAACACAGACAGUAUCUGAGCUGAAGGAUUUUGUCAGGAAGCUUAACUCAUUGCCGGAAAUGACUAGGCACAUAAAUCUUGCUCAACAUUUGUCUACCUUUACAUCUAAGUCAUCAUUCCUUGGUCGACUUGAUAUAGAGCACACGAUUGUGGAGGGUCAGAGCUAUGACAUAUGUUUUGAGUACAUCGAGGAAAUGAUCCAUAAGCAGGAGCCAAUUGUUGGUGUCCUACGCCUGCUCGUGUUAUUAUCUAUUACAAAUUCUGGGCUGCCUAAGAAAAAUUUUGACUAUGUGAGGAGGGAGAUACUCCAUAGCUAUGGGUUUGAGCACAUGCCCACUCUGUUUAAUCUGGAAAAGGCUGGAUUGCUUAAGAAGCAGGAAUCGAAAAGCAACUGGCUGACAAUCAAACGUGCGCUGCAGCUAGUAGUUGAAGAUACUGACACUGCCAACCCCAAUGAUAUCUCCUACGUCUUCUCUGGAUAUGCACCUCUAAGCAUUCGGCUUGUACAACAUGUAGUUAGAUCUGGAUGGCGUUCCGUUGAAGAAAUCUUAAAGCUAUUGCCUGGACCGCAUUUAGAAUUGAAAAGAGGUGGAUAUUCAAGGGUUUCUUCAUUAGAUACACUACAGGGCACUCCAACCAGCCUUGACAAGGUAGCAGAUGGACAUCGCUCUCUAGUACUGGUUGUCUUUAUUGGAGGAGUAACAUUUGCGGAAAUUUCUGCUCUUCGUUUCCUAAGUGCCCAGGAAGGAAUGGCAUAUGAUUUGAUUGUUGGGACGACGAAAAUGGUCAAUGGUCACACCGUGCUUGAAACAUUCAUGGAUAGCGCCAGUUAGAGAGGUAUCGACGGAGGUGUGAGUUUUCUUAAUUCCAUUUUGCAGAAAGUCGGUAUCUGCCUUGUUGUAGCUCAUCUUUCUGUGUUUCUUCUAAAUUAUUUGGCAUUGCAAGUUAUGCAGUUUCAUGAGCUCUGUGUGGCAGACAAUGGCCCUUUGUAUUUUCAGUUAGGGAAAGUUGUGGCUCUGAGAACAGAACAAUUUGGGUUUUCCAUCACUUCAAGCCUGUGUUGAUAUGGAGCUUUGAGAUUCAAAUGCAACUCCACAUCAUACUGCACAUGUGGGACAUGCAUCAGGUGGGCUCCGCCAUGUUGAUGACUGGCUGUGAGAUCAGGCCAGCGAUAUAUUGUGCUGGCCAAACAUCUCCACAAACCAUGGAUGCUUUACAAAAUUGCCACUGAUGCACAUACAACUGCAUGUAUAGUCUGCAUGAUUUUGGGUCCGUGUCGCCCAACUGAUGGACAGCUUGGGUGUCCAAAAUUCAUGCUAGCAUGGCACACGUGGCUGCAGAUAGACAGCUGUGUAUGUGUGUCUUAACUAGGGUUGUUGAUGUGGCCUGAAAAAGUGUGUUUUUUGCUCACUUGGUUGGACAUGCUCUCUUUCCUUUUGAACUUGUGAGCAUUGGUACAGAUGUUCAUUACCAAUGAAGUAAGAUGUAUCAGUGAUUUUUCUUCCUC